AUGCCAUACAUCCGCGAUUCGGGAGAAAAUCACAUAAAGGAACUGACCAGGGAGCGUGUCAGGCUGAAUAAACGCACAACCAAUUCGAUUACCCUUGGCGCAAAUUUUCUGUUUAUAUGUAACUUAGACAACAGGCUUUCUUCCAAGGACGUUACGCAUUUCUUUAAUUAUUUUAUCGGCAACAAUAAUUGCGUAGCACGCAUACGAAGGAAUAAAUACACAGGCAGAAACAUGGGGCACGGAAUUUUGAAAUUCCAAAAGGCAGAAGACGCAACGCUCGUUUUGCUCAAUUACCAGGGAAUCAAACUGGGAGAGAAAAACAUUAUCCUAACCGAGGCCUUCAAGAACGAACACCUGAAGCAGAAGAAGCACAUCUGCAAUGUUUUGCAGCCAAGCAAGUCGUAA